AUGCUCCUGCGGAGGAUAGCUGAACAAGCCCGCGAACAGAGCAUGAUGCGCGACGCAGCACUGGAGAACAAAUUUCGAAAGCUGCCCAAUCCAACUUCGCCCAGAAACGACAUACGCGUGCACAACCUGUCAUCAAAAGAGCUGACGAAGGAUCACAUGCAGGUUUUACGGCCCGAAGCUUCAUUUAACACGGCUGACACCAAACCGCUUAACAUGACUGCAGCACUGGAAUCAAUCCUUAGUCAGACGGAGGCAACGGCGGAGACUAAGAACCUCAUUCGACACCAAGUGUCGUCUCUCCGGAUGGCCCAAAGGCCGCGGGAAGUGUUUGCCAAGGUCAAACGUGAUGCGCUUAGAGAACUCAAGGCCGACAAAGACCUGUCCUCGUGCCAGCGGACAAAGGACGCGCCACAGUUGUACUGGACAGGACAGACUACCUUCAAAAGGCCAAAGGUUUACUGGAGGACCGACAGUUCUAUGUCCCAUGCGCAACAAACCCUUUAAAGGCGCUGACACGCGAAAUUAAUGCUACGAUGUUGGCCUUGGAGAAUUCAGGUGCAAUCACACCGACCGACAGACGCAUGGCGAGACCCCAAGAUACGGCUUUGGCCCUAUUCUAUGGCCUCCCUAAGGUGCACAAAGACGGCGCUCCUCUCCGACCCAUCGUGUCGCUCAAAGGGACUCCAACGUACGGACUGGCCAAGUGGCUGUUCCGGCGUCUCAAGUUCCUGACCGCUGAGUCAGACACCACGGUCUCUUCGUCAGCACAAUUCCUGGAGAAACUCAAAGGGGUAGGCCUCCAUCCAAAUGAGGUCAUGGUAUCUUUUGAUGUUACAUCACUAUUUACUUCUAUUCCCCAGGAACAGGCGAUCGAGACAAUUGAGCUGCUACUACAAAGCAAAUACGAUGAAACGGAGAACACCACAUCCCAACGCCGUCUUCCCGGACAUUCUAUUUACGAUGGAGGAGGAAGAGGACAACCAGCUGGCCCUCCUGGAUGUCCGCGUAUGCCGCAAAGAUUCUGGUGAACUAAAAACCAAAGUGUUCAGGAAAGCGACAAAUACGAUGCAAGUACUGAACUUCAACAGUAACCACCCAAUCAGCCACAAACGCAGUUGUGUAAGGACGCUCUAUCGGCGUGUCGAAACGCACUGCAGUGAGCCGGAAAACAAAAUUGCCGAACUACAAUACCUCCGACGGGUCUUCAAAGCCAAUGGAUACCGGCGCAACUUCGUCGACCGGUGCAUACGCAAAAGGGACGAAAGGCCUAACCGCACGGACACCAAAUCUUGGCGGGUACUUCCGUAUGUCAAGAACGUUUCGGAAACUGUCGGCCGCCUUCUCGCACCACUUGGGCUUGGAGUGGCACACAGACCGGAGGCAGCCAUCAGGCGUCUGGUCAUGAAACCGAAAGACCCACUGCCACGACUAGAAACGUCUGGAGUGGUUUAUCGGAUCUGUUGCAGUUGCGGACAAAGCAACUACGUCGAAGAAACCGGAAGACAUCUCCGAACAAGAAUGGCCGAACACGCGGCAGCGGUGCGCAGAAAUGACGCCAGCUCUCAAGUUGUGGCUCAUUCGACGAGAUUCGGCCACACAUUCAAAUUCGAUGAGGCCGAAAUUCUCGCAAGAGGUGACAACCGAGUGAGCCGGGAGCUACUGGAAUCAUGGUUUACUGCCCCCCCAUUCCAUACUCCGUACUGAAAGUUCGCCUAGGCGGGGUAACAAGCCAUGCGGGGAGCGCAGAGUUGAACACUUUUCCCAACACCGGGGUCGGUGCGUCAGAUGGUCGAGCACUCAUCACGCCAACAUCCAACACACUUGAUGAAAUUGCAGCAAUUAUCGACUCAAAUGUCGGCCAUCAAGCAAUGAUCACACCAAGUGCGCCGAUCCCGGAUGAAGGGGGGGGCGUGAAUGUUCAUAGGUAUGCGGUAGCAUGGCUACUGCAUCCUAUAAAUACCGCAGCCCCUUGUGCAGCAACCACCCGUUUCUGUUUUUUGUCUCUGAUGAUGGAUUCGAGUAGGAAUCCGAAACGUCAGGCUAAUAAAGCUCUUGUCCCGGCCAUCGUGUCUUUUUCUUCAGGAAAGAGUCUUGAUGGAAAUCAGUCAAAUGUUUAAUAUAUAUAUGAAUGUAGAAAAAAGCUUUCAAAAAUCCAAAAGAUAUUUGCUAAGAAUUUAAUCUCAAAUCUGCUUUUCUAAUUAUCAACUGAAAUAUUUUGCCAAACAUGUUUUGACCAUUGUUUUACUAUUUGUACUUCAAUGUUCAGUUACAAAGCAAAGGUGGAUGCAAGGUUUUCUACGACUGUCUUGGCAAUAAAUAUCCGCAACAGGUAAACGUACGGCAGAAUUGUGGAUCCUGUUCUGCGGUCAGUGUGUUAGCGAAUAGGCAGCGCAAUGAAGGUCCAUCGUACAACCUUAUCUGAAUUUAAGGAUCAGUAGGUCUCUGUCAGACUGAGGUUGACGUUCUUAUUAAACAAAUAUUGGACAAUGUACGCCGCACGACUGCCUAAAUGUACGGUAAUUUACUUUAACUCACACGGUAAUAAUUGAAUAUGUAAGCCUCAAAAUAUAUUAUCAUGGCAUGCCUGCUUAUUUGAUUUAGGCAUGCAUGAUACGCCAGUAUCAAUUUUGCGGUAAGGCUUUUUGGUCAAGAUUGUGUUUUAGAUUUGACAUUGGGGUUUACGCCUAGGCUGAUAUUAAGGGUUACGAGUUAAUUCUGGCGCCUGGAUUUUGCGGUUAGGCUUACUACCUUAAGUUCGGAUUAAUGCUACGAUUUACUCGAAUGUUCUGGUUUGAUUUGGGCGCUGGAUCGGGUUUUUACUUUGUGAUUUGGCCGAGUUAGUUUAUAUGGUUGGCCUAAAUAUGAGGGCUAGGCAAAGCGUUAGGGUUGAGGUUAGAGUUUAAGUUAGGUUGAUGGCCAAGUUUGCUUGCCACAAACUAUCUAACCCAGUCCGACGUUCUCUACCCGGUUACUUCGGACCACCUGUUUUCCGCCAGCUUAACCGACUAUAGUUCGCAUCUGCUUGUUCCAAUACUUCAUUUGAGUUAUAAAACAAGUAUGUGGCAGAAACACAAUUUUUUUUAUUUCCCUCCACCAAUUCCCAUAAUUGAUGCGUCCAUGUUCCCUGAUGAGGAAACUUAUAUUGACACCCCUCCCAUAUUUCGGAAGUGUGUCAUGUUUUCUCAGUGGGCCUACAUAAUCAAUCCCUCCCCGCGGCCACUUUAAUUUGAUAGGUUUCUGCAAACCGCUGUAAAUGUUUUGUUCACGGAAAGAUACUAAAAUUAUCAUUCCGAACAUCAGGGAACGUCCUAACAUCUUAGUGGUCUCAUGUUUAUUUACGUACUGGCUAAUUUCCUAAAUAUCUUCUCCAAAUUUCAUUGCCAGUGUAAGUGGUCAUUGGGUUAGAUUUCAACAUCUGUAUCAUUCAGGUGGUAAAUUGUCUACGCAGCUUAAAGACUAAUACUCCAGAUUAUCUGAAGCCGAGGGGUCGACGCCGAGGAAAUAUUUGACGCCAACAUCUUGUAAGUAUGUCGACUUCCAAAAUACAUCUGCUGGAUAGAGUCACAUUUACAGUAAAACAUGGUAAACAUGUGUAAAACUUACAUUCGAGUAAACGCAGAAUGAUCGAAGAGUCUUAAAGCACACUAAACAAUAACGAUAUGCUAGAACCCUGCAAAAGAUUCGCUGAUCAGCGCUUCCGAUUGCGUUAUCAUGCCAAGCGUCGGAAACGGAUUUGUCAAAACCUGUUACAUCUCUUUGCUAACUGAUAUAGAAGGUGUUCCACAGAUAUCACGAUUCAACUGUGCUAUUUUACAUUAAUCAUUCGUAUUAAAUCACUUCGGCCCAUUGUUUUUUUCUUUUGAAGAAAUUCACUAUGGUUUGUAAUUUUAACCCCGACAGUUAUUUAACUGGGAUAUAUGUACUUACCGUAAAAUUGGUCUGGCCCACAAAUGCAGCAAAUGUGAUGUUGACUUCGUUGUGUCCCCCCAUAAACCGGGAGAGCGGUAAUGAUGCCUUUGGCAUAACGGUCCCUGCAAUAACAACGAAUAUGUUUAAUGCUAAUUAGGACUUUAAUUCAUAGUUUAAACAACAAAACUACUAUAGCCGCACGUUCCGCUUUCGGUUUGCUUAAAUUUCACAUUACUCAGAAUUCAGGCCAAUGUUGAGCAAGAGCGACAGACUUAAUGACAAAGGGUUGGCCUUACCUGUCUUGGGUGAUGGAAAGACGCAGUUGGGAGCAAAAAAUGUGCUGUAAUAAGAGUCGCCUUCUAUGUAUAACUGCACAUGAUUGGUCACGGAGGAAAGCCUUAUUUCCGUUAAAACUCCUUCAGAAUCUAAAAGUUGAAUUGGAAUUUGUUAUUCACGAAAUAAUUAAGCUUUUAUUGAGAGAAGUAUUCGACAAAACGCAAGCAUCCGUAGUAAGUGAUUUGGUUGAAUAGUCUGUCUAGCUUUACUUGUCCCAGCGAUUGCUCACUAAAGGCAAUCAUUCACACAUCGCUUUACCAUUUCAGAAAGCUAGAAGGGCGUACGAAUCUCUGCCCGUUAUUUUAUACAUUUACUAGCUUAGGGCAUACCCGACCGUCGAGUGUUGCGAACACUUGCCUUACAAAUAAUUUCAGUCAUCAAACGAAAUGAUGUUCAGACAAAAAAUUACAACUAUUUAGCAGAGGGAAAUACUAAUGAGAACAUUUGUAUUUUUCAGUGUUCAUAGAUUAUUGCGCAUUGUGUUAACUCUCAUAAGCAUAAAAAAUAUAGUUGACGCUAAUGUGGUGGAAGAGGCUCGUGAGAAAUCCUUAGCAUUUAGAGAUCAUUAUUAAUAAAUUUGCAAAGAGUGCAUACCAUCUGUAACGGAGCACGGUUCCCCAACUUUGUCACCAAGUAUGAAGCAUGCUCCAUUCAUAAUGUUCAAUUUUAUUCCAUCAAGAUAUACUGACUAAAAAUGAGAAAAGAAGCUUAAAUAUCACGCGUGUCUCAUUUAUUACCAUAAUAUGGACUCAUUCAGGGAAGGCCUGUGUUUACAUCUGAUGCACAUCCCAGCAGAUGUUUUUUCCAAACCAUAAUGGUGGCAUACUGCAAGCACGAUACAUCUCCAUUUGUAUGUUUAACUGUCAAGUAAGGUAGACGACCCAUAUGUUAAAAUGGCGGCGUUGGUGAGGCCCUGAUAUCUCAACGUCCGUGUUUCCCGUGCUGCUCAAGUCUAAUUACUUAAAGCUGCCUUCACAAGUCUAGCAACUCUGACAGUCCGCGAUAGUCCAUUUAGAUCCCCCGGUCUCCGCUGAAGGGAUUAUGAAUUUGAUCGCUCAUUUAUAAGUUUCUGCUUUUGCUUCAAUAUAUUCGCCUUUUAUGAAUGCGUACAGACAUUUGCACGACGCACUGACCUCCAUAAAAUGCCUGUUUAUUUGAACGGAUCCCCUUAACGCCAUUGCCUAAUCCUGCUGUUCCUUGUAGGGUAAUCGACGAAAAUCCAACCUCCACUUAAAUGGAAGAUAACUGAUAGCAUAUCUGUAUUCUAAAUGUUUCCCUCGAGAACAUGACCGUAAUGCGCAUGUACAUGCAAAUGGUUUCUAUUUUUGCGCCUACUUCCUCAGUGCUCCUACUUGCAAACAUGCCCUUCGAUGUCCUUUUGGAUUUCAUAACUGCCACUUUUUAUCUAUACAGGCGAAUAUAUUUCGAGUUCGGCAUCUUAUAAGCUCCCGACUAAAGUCCAUGUCACUUUGUAAACCUUCUUAUUCAUUUACACUUCUCAUCCACGCGCGAACAAGAUCCUCGGGGAUUGACUGUAAUUUAUCACUAACUGUUCUGCCGUUGCCUGCAACACAAGUUCAUGCUGCGUUUAUUUCCUUUUGCAUCCUAUUUUAUAUCUAGUUCUUCACAUUCGCUAUUUAGUAUAAAAUACUUUGCUGCAUAGAACAUAAUAGAUUUUCGCAACAGAUAUACACUACAAAGUGCAUGAUUCUUAAUAAUAUAUUGAAGUUGUGCUUACUUGUGGACCGUCGGUUAUAUAACGUAGAAUGGGAGAGGGACCGCUAGUCUCAGUGACUACCGACGACCUUAAUUUGACUGAGGGUCCUCUGUCUUAAGUAGUUGAAAUGGGCAAAGUGAACAUUAACAAUUCAGCGAUCAACUCUAAGUAAGAAUAUUUUCUCUGAUUAACCAUUGAUAUUAGCACAGCCCGGUUAUUUACAGCAUGUAUGCAAUUAUACAUAAAUAUGGCUUUGGCUAGAAUUCGCGGGAAUGUCUAUUUAGGAGAAAAUUUCAAAUGAUGAUUUGUCGGGUAUUUCACAUCCAAAGGAUUUCCGUCUCGAAAGUAAACAACUUUUUUACAACUGUUAUCUGUCACUUGCUGUUUCUCUCAUUCCGGCAUACUCAGUAUAUCAUUUCACUUUUCGAAAACAUUGGUGGCUAUUCAAAACCGUUCCUUGUCAGCGAUGGACGUGAAAUCUCUAGAAGAAGGGCUUCUACAGUCACUGGAGGGGAUAAAGCACGCAUUCUCCCGCAUACUCUUUAAGAAUUUCCCGUCAUCAGCGUGUUAUACUCAGCUCCCGCAAGUCAAACCCAAACCCCUAGUAAAGACAGCAGCAGAACUGAAACCCACUUACGGUUUUCGCUGCUGUUAGAUAGCCUUUUUAAACCCAUCCACUGCUGCUUUUUAAAGGUAUCAUACAUACUUCCGACCAGGUCCUAAACCCAUUUUAUUGAGGAUUGACAGAAAAUAUGGCAAAAUUGCCGUUAAGCAUGCGCGACAUUUACGGACAAUGCUGGAUCCAGUGUGACCGGUUCUUCAAUUUCUCUACCAAGAUCAUAUAUCCUCGGUUUGAUGGUCGCGUAUUAGUAUUACCACACUUAACGCAAUGCUCUUAGGAAAUUCAUCGACGCUACAGUAAAUCUCUUCCGGAUGAAGUACGAAAAUGGCAAAUCACAUUAUUUAGUUACAACGGUUUAGAAGGUUUGAAAGAUACUUCAGGACGAUAUCGUAUCUGUAUCAGGGCCCACAUUCACUGCCUCGUAUGGCGUUUUCUUAAUGGCAUACGUGUUGUUCAUGGCCUUCUUCAAAUAAACAUUAAUAAGUAUAGGGUUUGAAUAUGAUUUCCCUUUUUCGGUAUUAGUACAAUUAUUCGGCAAAAUCAUUCUGCUCAGUCUGCGUAAUAACCGGCCGCUGAAAUCGCAUCUCUCUACCAUAGCCCCGAUGACGAUGUAGAAGCUUCAUUCCUAUCGCCUGCGGAAAUGACACUCGGUAAAAGAUGGCUACGCCACUAGUAUAUGUGUAUUUUCCAUGUGCUUACGCUGUCUUCAAAAACUCUGGCAUAUUCUAGAGAAAUGAUGCAAACACAUUAUCUAUCGUACUCUUUUAGUGGAAAGUAUGAAUUACACCUAAUUUUAUACUAAAAGAUAAGAGAGUUGUUAAUUUUCUGAUUUCUGAUUUUGAUUCUUCGGAUUUUUUUGAAGCUGGCGUGCAGUUGCGCUUAUGCGUAGGUUUGCAAAUGACACGCUGCAUUUUGUUCUUUUAAUAACACUGUUCAUUUUCACAGGUAAGUACAACCAUACUGUUUAGGGCUCAUAGAUUUUGUAAUGGGUGCAUGACUGUGAUGCUUAUAUCAUAGACGGCAUUAUUAAACGUAGAAAUGCGAUUUUGAAUGAAUGAAAAAUUCAGGAUCUUAAAAACUCAGAAGUGAAGCAUUAAAGUAAUGCUUAAAAAUAAAUAAUGCAUUUUCUUCAUCGAAAUUCACUGGGAAAUAAAUUAUUUCUUGCGUGGCCACCUUUUGUCAAAUGCAGUUUUUGAUGUGGCCGAAAAGAAACUUAUUCGGAGAACGGCAUUCUCGUGAGCCACUCUCGGGGCCGACUUCUGCCGUGCGGUUGGAUAGUAAGGCUUUUUUGUUCAUCGUGUCCGAAAAUAGUUGAAAUUUGCAGGAUGUCGCCGUGUCUAAUUUGAUGUAGCAUUAGCAUAGUCAGGAUAAAUAGACCACCUGAUUUGGCAGCCCCCUUAUAACGACAUUAGCCGAUCAAAUUCAAUUCUAAUCUGUUUUAAUUUUAUCUCGCUCAAAGUGACGAAUAAGGCAAUGAAAUGAAAGCAGACCGGUGCCAAAUAAGCGGCCACAGGUCUUCCAUUACGGCUACCUUACGUACUAUUGUUUGUUCAGUAGGUGUGCUUGUGGUAUUUUCUUUUGCCGCCGCGGCAAAAGAAAAUACCACAAGCACACCUACUGAACAAACAAUAGUACGUAAGGUAGCCGUAAUGGAAGACCUGUGGCCUCCAUGGCAUAUUCUGCAACACCCACCCCUCCCCCCCGAAACUAAAAGGCUAACAGCCUACGCCGUCCAAACAUACGUCUGUCACUUUGGGGUAGCUGCUACCACAGGCAUUCGGCUCUUAGACCACUGCCGUAUUUACAUACACCUCUACCGCCUAGCCCACGCCUUUCCCUUUCCCCCCAUCCGAAGGCCUGUAAUCUACGCCGUGCCGAUAUCAUUUCCCGCAGUACCGCUCCCUUUUACGCAAACUUACCGCAAUCGACAAUUCCUUCAUCGGCUGUUUCCAUUUCCGCCUGCUUCACAGUCUACUGUCCCUCCCAACCGGCUUCGUUAGUUGACCUGAUAUGCCCUUCCCUGCGGGUGGGUCAUGUCGCUCGUUACCAGCUACAGCUAUUCCUACUUAUCGUCUACCGUGGCCGGCAGCGGCCUCAGACAGUCUCUACGUAUCUCCCAGUUCCCGCCCUAAAGGCCUUCCGUAAUCACUUCCUUCCUGACCUACAAGGGUUUAUCGACGAGGCUUAG